UUCAUCUCUAGUUCACAUAUAUUUUAGUUUCAGAAAGAGUUUAAUGAAAAAAGUUGAAAAUUAAGUUUUAUACUUGGUUCAUAAAGAAAGCAGACUCUGAACGACUGAGUUUUCGAAUUUCUAAUUCCUAUAAAUGACGAAAAAAUUUCAGCGAUAUGGAUGAUAAAGCAGCAGCGCCCACUGCCGACGCUGCUACCGAAACGGAGACCGGCAAUGAACUUUCAACGGCCGAUCACACAACAGUCACAAUGGAACCAGUGGCGAGCACAUCUAAGUCAACCAUUACCGAAAUGAAUGAUACUGAAAGACAUACGGCGGCGGCUGCAUCAGCAGAAGCAACAGCACGAGAUGUCUUAAACGUUGAUACGGAACGGUGUUGUUGGAUUUGCUUUGCGACAGAUGAGGAUAAUCGAUUAGCGGCCUGGGUACAGCCUUGCCAGUGUCGCGGCACAACAAAAUGGGUACACCAGAGCUGCCUGUAUCGUUGGAUCGAUGAAAAGACACAGAAGGGCAGUGCUCUUCGCUCUGUAUCCUGCCCGCAAUGCCAAACCGAGUACAUCAUUGUUUUUCCACAAAUGGGCAAAUUAGGUGGUGCCUUGGAAGCCAUGGACACUCUGGUCAAACGUCUUAGUCCGUUUCUGGCAGCUGGUUUCUUUGUCGGCUCUCUAUAUUGGACAGCCGUGACUUAUGGCGCUGUAACUUUCCUCCAGAUCGUUGGUCACGAGCAUGGCAUGUCUAUAAUGGAAGCAGGCGAUCCGCUCAUACUACUCAUUGGUCUGCCCGCAAUACCUGUUGGUCUGGUACUGGGUCGGCUAAUCCGCUGGGAAGAUGCCCUGUUACGUUUGAUACGUAAUCGCGGCACCGUCAUGCGCAAGUUUCCAUUUGUGAAUUUCAUAUAUCCGAACCUCAAUCAGCAGGAGGAGGAGUUGCCCACUUCUACUAAUCCGGCUACACCCGCACUUUCUGAUCCAGUUUCUGCAACGCGCAUAUUUUGCGGAGCUUUGCUGCUGCCUACAAUAUCAUGCAUUGUGGGUCGCAUAUUAUUCGAUUCAGUUGAGAACACGUUACAUCGUACGCUACUUGGGGGUCUAACCUUUAUCACAGUGAAGGGCAUGCUGAAAAUCUAUUUAAAACAGAAGCAAUACGCGCGUCGCAAGAAACGCCGCAUUGUCGACUAUACGGAGGAGAAUAUACGAAACUUUAUGCAUCGCAACAACAAUAAUGCCGGAGCUGCUGGAAUCGGUGGUGCUCGUCAUAUCCUACAGCAGCAGCAACAACAGCAGCCGCAGCAGCCAGCAGUGGCGAUACCCCGCCUAGUGGCUGCUGCGGCAGCUAAUCGGGAUCGUGCUGCUCGGGAACGAGAGCAUGAACCCAACAGCGGUGACAGCGUUGUUUAAACGCGAAUGGACUCCCAAUUGAUUAAUCAAUUGAGAAUAUAUUGGAUACUUAUUGUUCAACUACUUCACUUUUGAUUUAACUUUUUGUUAACAACUUGAACACUCAAGGUACAGGAAAAAAAACUAUGUUAAAAAAAACGGGAGGUGUGCACAUGCGUGUAUGAGAGCCAAAUUCAUUGUUAAAUCUUGCGAGAUUAACCACUUCAGGAAUGUACGAAUAACUCAGCCGAAUAUUGGUUGGUCAAAUUUUAUGUUAACAAUAAAACCCAAAAGAAAUUAAA